AUGGCACAAGAGGGAUCGUACCGCUACCAACCGCUGCCGCCCAUUGCAGAACAGGGCCGAACCCCGCCGUUUACACGGCUGCUUUUCCUGCACCCCGGCUCGGGGGAGGACCCCUUCGAGGCGCAUCUGCAAAUCGUUAGCAUCGAGGAUGCACCUCCCUACGAGGCGCUGUCUUACACCUGGGGAAAGCCCACUGACGAGUCGAGGGACUACAUCUGGCUGCAAGGCCACCCCUUACCCAUCAAACCGAACCUGGAGGACGCCCUGCGCUCCCUGCGCCUGCCGACACAGGUGCGCCGGCUAUGGAUCGACGCCCUCUGCAUUGACCAGUCGGACCUAGAUGAGCGCUCUCGUCAGGUUCAGUACAUGAGGCUGGUUUACAAGCAUGCCGCUCGAGUGGUUGUCUGGUUGGGGCUCAAAACAUCCGGGACUAAGGAGGCGUUCUUGGCUGCGGAACGGCUCGCAAGGAUCAGAGAAUACACCCUUCCCGGCCCGAACAACGAGCAGCUCGAUCCCGAUGCGGUGAUGGAGUUGGCGAGCAGCAUGGUAAACGAUCUACCAGAGACCUCCAUGGCCCAUCUUAAUGAGGUCUUUGAACGUCAGUACUUUAAUCGAUGUUGGUGUGUGCAAGAAGUCGUGGCAUCGUCUUGGGCAAUCGCCAAGAUCGAGGACCUGGAGAUGUCCUUCUUCGAUUUGAUCGCUUCACUAAUCACCGUCGGGGGUUGGAAAGGAGAGAUCUCGAUACACCGGCCCUACGAGUUGUGGAACCUGAUCCUCAUGCGACGACAGCCGACCACCACCACCCAGAGACGGCCCGAGGUCGAGGGCUCCAUCGGAUCGUUCCUCGGCCUGCUCGAUCUGACGCGGACGCUGCAGGCGACGGACGACCGCGACAAGGUGUUCUCUCUCCUGGGCAUAUGCGACGAGGGCCUGAACCCCGUGCUGGCGCUGACGGAGGUGCUGGACAAUAACGACAGCUGGCGCAUUCGACUGAUUCGCCGGGGCCUCACGCGGGUCAACGAGUUCGUCAAUGGGCUCGCGCCGGACCUCAACUUUGGUCGGCCGCGGGCCCUGCGGCCGGACUACAAGCGGGAAACAGUGCUGGUGUACUGCGACCUGACGCGGUUCCUCGUGCCUAAACAACCGAGGGUUCUCGAUGUCCUCGACCACGUGCAGCACAACGAGGACCCUGGAAUCGGGGAUUACCCGUCGUGGGUGCCCAAGUGGUUCGGCCGGAGGACGUGCUUUGUGUUCAAGGGGGCGUAUCUCGCCGGCUUUUGCGACGGGCAUUUCCGGUACUUUGCCGAGGUCCACGACAUACCGAUCCGCGAGGAACCCGUGCGACCCAAGGUUCUGUCCCUGGACGGGUACAACGUGGACGCGGUGCAGAAGACGAGCGAGACAUUUGCGUUCGGGUGGGGGUCGCGGGAGACGGCGUUGGCCAUCAUGAACGCCUGGGAGCAGCUCUUUGGUGUGCCCAUCGCGCCCAGGUGCGGGAGGGCGUAUCGGGAUGGCGGGCUGCUCGAUGUGGCAUUCUGCAAGGCCGUCCUGGCGGGCGUCCUGGGGUCUAUCAUCGGUUACAGCUCCCUCCUCACCCAGAAGCAUGGGGGCCUCAACCCACUCUUCGACGACCGCACGCGGAAGCCCCGCGAGGAGCUCGACGAGGAAGUCCGGGACCUCGCGGAGACGUUCCUUACGCAGAUGGCCGAGUUUGGCCCCCCGCCGACGGCAGACCAGUUUGGGAAUCCAGAGCGGGAAGAGAAGCUGCACACUUUCGGGUCCGGCGCGCGGACGUACUCGCACAACCGUAGGGCGUUUGUGACCCGCGAUGGCCGCGUGGGCAUCGGGCCCCAGAUGAUGCAGCCGGGCGACGAGGUUGUUGUGCUGUUUGGGGGCCGGAUGCCGUUCAUUGCGCGGCCGAGGGGCCAUCACCGGCUCUUGGUCGGCAGCUGUUACCUGGUUGACGACGAGUUGAUGUGGGGGAAGGUGACGGAGAAAGUGAGGUUCAAUCGCGGUGGCCCUCAGCGGGUGACUUUUGAAUUCCAUUGA